AUGCAAUUUAAUUCCCAUACUUCUGUCGAAAAGAUCGCUCAAUGCUUCAAGUCCUGUGGUAGGGCCUGCAAGAAAUGUAUACCAAAAUUGAGAAUUCUUCCCGAGGAUGAAGUUGUUGAGGGGGAUAGCAGCUCAGCAGAUGGUGAAAAUGUCAUCGAGGAACAUGUUCGCGAUGAUAAGGAAGAGAGUGCAGUCACUAGUUUGCACGAAGUGACCGAUUCAAGAGCUCAUUUGGAUGGCUCACUCAAUGAGUUGAAAAAGGAUAUGCCAUACGAACUGAGGGAUGAAGCUGGUCGUAAAUGGUACAAAUACUUUGAUGAAUACGAAUACAGGUUGAACAAGGAAUACAAGACAUCCAGGAAAUGGUAUACUUUCUUGUACCCCAACCAUGCCACCCAGACUAAAGCCGAGCGUAGGCUGCUAUACAAAUUGGAUAUUAUCAUUGCAGUUUAUUUCUUGGCUCUGAACUGGUCAAAAUCUGUGGACUCCAACAAUUACACCAGCGCUUAUGUGUCUAACAUGAGAGAAGAUCUGAAAAUGAAAGGUAACGAUUACAUUUAUACCAGUACUAUCGCAAAUGUUGGUGCAAUUGUUUUCCAACUACCUUUCAUGUACUUGUUACCAAGAUUUCCAGCUCAUAUUAUUUUGCCAGUAAUGGAUUUGGGUUGGACUUGGUUCACAUUUGCGUGUUACAGAGCUAAAUCCUUGGCCGAGUUAAGGGCCUACAGAUUUAUUCUUAGUGCAUUUGGGGCUGCUUACUACCCAGUCUCGCAGUAUAUUCUGGGUUGCUGGUACGCGCCUGAUGAGAUCAGUUCAAGAGUCUGUCUAUUUUUUUGUGGCCAACUAUUGGGUGGUGUCACUUCUGGUCUUUUGCAAGCACGUAUCUUUAAAAGUUUGAAUGGUGUUCAUGGCUUGGCGGGGUGGAGAUGGAUGUUCUUAAUUGAUGCGAUUGCUAUCUCCUUACCAACUGUGAUCAUAGGAUUUUUUGUUAUUCCUGGUAUUCCUUCAAAGUGUUACUCUCUUUUCCUAACGGAUGAAGAGAUUAGAAUCGCUCGUGCCAGAAACAGAAGAAACCAGAUCAACGAUGGUGUCGAUAAGAGUAAAUUGAGACCACUCUGGGAUUUGAAACUCUGGAAAAAAGUCUUUUGCACUUCUAGUUUCUGGGUUUUGGUUGUGUUUGAUACUUGCUCAUGGAACAACAUGACCGCAUUCAGUGGUUCUUAUACACUUUGGUUAAAGUCGAACAGCAGUUACUCUAUUGAACAGGUGAAUAACCUGAGUGUCCUACCGGCAUGUCUAGGUUUUGCAUAUGUGUUCUUCUGUGCUUGGGGUGCAGAUUUGUUCCGUUGUAAAUGGAUAUUCAUGGUUUUUGCUGCUAUCAUGAAUACAAUCUCUUGUGCCAUCCUGAUCAAAUGGAACGUCAGUAGUAGCGCUAAAUGGUAUGCUUUCCUAACAACAUAUUUUAGUGUUGCUGCAUCUCCAUGUUUAUGGUCCUACAUUAAUGAUUUCCUGAGGCUUGACCCACAAGUCAAGGCUAUCACCUGGAUUGCCAUUUAUUCCUUUUCUCAGUCCACUUACGCAUGGAUCCCAACCCUCGCAUGGCAAACCGUUGAGGCUCCAAAGUUCAGGACUGGUUAUAUCACGAGUAUCAUCUUCGGUUCCAUUUAUGGUCUUUGGACCUUUGUAGUGUUAUUCUUUUACAAGAGAAACGAAAAAAAGAAUGCUCUGGGGAAUGGUAUCAUUCUUUAUGAUAGCAGUAAAGGCGAAGAGAUCCCAACAUUUGUCAAGACAGAUAUGGAAGAAAAAGCAGGAUAUUUCUAUGUCAAGAACUAA